AUGGUGGCUCUCUUGCCCCUGGAGCUACUACAGGCAAUUUCACACCAGCAUCCGUGCCGUGACUCUCAAAUUCGCCAAUUAGCAACCUACUACAAUGUUCUUUUCCCUAGCCCUUCUACACUUGUCGUAUGUGGCCUUGAGCAAGCAAGCGAAUUAGCGGUCGUCACCAGUGUUCUCGAGGCACGAAAACUCAAAUCUGUGGUGGUGAGAAGCAAAGACUGUCUCUCCCAGCGACAUCUCCUUUCCAAGAUCUUUGCGACUUGUGUCCAUGGCCUGGGCCAGCAAUCCCAAAUCGAGCACUAUGACAAGGUAGACAGCCUCAAUGCGCUACUGGGCAAUCUGCGCAAACUUUUUGAGCGGGCAGGUCACGACCAGCGGCUCGUCCUCAUCCUUGAAGACAUUAACAAGCAGAAGCAAGCAGGUCCGACUCUGCUGCCUGCGCUCGCGAGGCUCGGUGAUCAGAUACCUGGGCUUUGCCUCAUUUUGACAUCGAGUAGUCCACAGCCGCUUGCUCUACUCAAAUCCGGCGUCCCAUACAUCCAUUUUCCUCCCUACAAUCGUGCAGAAGCGAUAUAUAUUGUGGCAACGUCUCCACCGAAGCUCCAUCCCGAAUCAUUGCUGAGCAAUGGAGGGUACACACCCCAGACUGACGAGGCAUCUCUCCGAAAAAUAUACCCACAGUUCUGUGCAACCGUUUAUGAUUCUCUAAUAUCCUCGACCUCGUCCACAUCAGUCCAAAAGUUCCGCUCCACUUGUGAAAAGCUCUGGCCCAGAUUCAUAUGGCCCAUGGUAUCAGGAGAAUCUCCACCGGGGAAAGCGGCCUCUUGGGACUUUGCAAGAUUGCUGGUGCGGAAUCGUGGACUGUUCCAAGCGCAAGGCGAGAAUGCGUUGCACGAACAGCUCAGGCCGCGGGACGAGGCUUGGUCAUUUGCGGAACUCGCCGCCAUUUCGACUGAUAAGGAUCACCCACAACUUUCUACAGAAACAGAAUCAUCUAGUGUUCCCAGCACAUCCUCAAAGCGAGCGUCUACAGCGUCCUCAGCACUGGAAAAGUCAUCGAAGGGACACAAGUCUCUGGCACCCACGCCCAGAUCCACCAACAGACUACCGCCAUUGCUCAAACAAUUCCCCACGCUCCUCCUACUAUCCUCAUAUCUCGCAUCCACCACACCCUCGAAGCACGACAUCCUCCUCUUUUCCCGCCUAUCGUCCAACUCCAGCCACAUCAGCAAGAAAAUCCGACGGCUGAAGAGCACCCCGACGCGAAGAAAAGCCAAGCCGACGGGCACGACUUCCGUCACCAACAAUCCCGGCACCUCCACCCCGAGCAAGUCGCGCAUUACGAAACAGAUCCUUAGUGCCUCCGGCUCCGGAGCAGGCACCCGCAUCGUGAAGCCCUUCAGCCUCGAGCGCCUGCUCGCGAUCCUCCGCGCCAUCCAUCCGAGCGGCAUCCCCAACCAGGUCGGCAAGGGCGUCAGCGACAGGGUCUACCGUGAACUCGGCGAGCUGGAGAGGCUGCGACUCGUGGUGCGCUCCUCAUCGGGCUCCGGCGGCGGCGCGGCUGGUUCUUCUACGGCUGGCGCCUCGGCCUCGGCAGCGCUGGACGACGCGACCGAGGAGAAAUGGCGCGUCAAUGUUGGCAGGGAUUGGGUUGUCGCUAUGGGUCACCUUUGGGGCUUGACAGUCAGUGACUACGAGAUUGAGGGGGAUCUGUAA